AUGCCGUUUAGGUGUGAUCAUUGUGACCAAGGAUUUUACCAAGGUUCCACCCUUAGACGGCAUAAACGUACACAUACUGGAGAAAAGCCAUUCAAGUUUCAACGAUGCGACAAGUCAUACAGACAAUCAGGGCAUCUUAUAGAUCACCAACGCGUCCACACUGGAGAAAGACCAUACAAGUAUCAUAAUGUGUCCGCUAAAUCAACAGUUUUCGAUAAUCCAUGUUCGAUUCCCAUCACAUCGGCAAUGGAAAUUGAAACAAGAUCGCGAGACAGCGAUAACCAAACUGUCAACUAUCCAAUCUCAGUUUCAGAUCACUUCACAGGACACAGGCACGUAGAGUAUGACUCGGAAGAAGACAAUUACUCAAGCACGUUUUCCGAAGUAGAUCUUCAAAAUAUCGGACAUGUUCCAGUAUCUCACCGACUGCCUAGCGUAUCUGAAUAUGGCAAACAUUAUGAUCAUUACAAGCUUAAGAAACAGCAUACAUCGGCGACGCAUUCCGCUGAAGACACUCAACUUCUAGCUGACUUUCCUCAAGAUCAUACGUCGCUCAGCCAGGAAACCAGGGUGUCACUUGAUCGUCAGCAUAUAAUGCGUGACCGUGCAAAUUCACAGACUAGAGAACAGCCGCAUAGUUGUAAGUACUGCAAAAAAUCAUUUCCUACUCAAUCUCGUCUAACAUCUCAUGAAUGUGUACAGCCAGAAAAGAAAACUUUCAAAUGUAAAGUGUGCGAUAAAACCUUCAGUAGGCGAUAUCAUCUUGUUCGUCAUGGACGAGUUCACUCAGGAGAGAAACCCUUUAUGUGUAAGUACUGCGCUAAAUCAUUCAGUGAGAAAUCAAGCUGUACUGUUCAUGAACGCAUCCAUACCGGGAAGAAGCCGUUUGGGUGUGAUCAUUGUGGCCAAGGUUUUUGCGACAGUUCCAACCUUAUACGUCAUAAACGCACACACACUGAAGAGAAGCAAUUAAAGUGUACCGAAUGUAAAAAGGCAUUUAGACGAUCAUCACAUCUCGCCGAUCAUCAACGCGCCCAUACCGGAGAGAAGCCAUUCAAGUGUAAAGUAUGUGGAAAGUCUUUCCGUUGGAAAACCAAUUUAGCAGUACAUGAAAGAAUCUAUCUCUGAUAGAAACUGAUCAAGGAUUGUCACAAGUCUUUUUAUGAAAAGAAACACUUAGAAGACCAUGCAAACACUAACACAAUCAAACAACACACUUCAUUUUAAAAUAAUGGAAGAUGUAGGUCCGUUUUGAAAUGCAAGUAACCCAAUCUGAACUCCAUGCAAAAUUCACUUCUUACACGCUGACUUCUACAUUUGUGGCAUCACAAACAUUUUCAUUAUCACGGUUGCACAGGGCACAAUUUCUAACCAUAUUACUCAAUGCACUUCUUACGCGUAUUUCCAUAUGCAAUGUUCUUAAAAAAACUCAGUUUCGCUGAACAUGCGGCUCAUUUUUGAUAAAAUCAGUAUCUUUUCGUGCAUUUCUAUUCUUUUGCACGCAUGCCGGGUAUAGAUUCUUUCCCUAGAAUGAGACGCUGUGCUGUUUUGAAGCUCGCACCUGUUGCUGAAUAUGUGUUGUACUUUUUUUCCUGUAUGUAGCUUCAGUGCCCUUGGCAUCGUAUUA